UGCAAAGAAAAACAGGCAUAAGUUACAUACAAUGGGCAAUUGUAGAUACUUGUGCUUGUACAUCCAAAUAGCCAUAGCCUUGCUUUUGCUCUCGCAAAUCAGCUCCACCGAGGCUUCAGCUUAUGCCAACAACACUGGCGGCUGCAUCGCAAGAGAGAGAUCCGCUCUUAUCCGCUUCAAAGCGGGCCUGAUCUCGUACUCCGCAGACCUGCUUUCCUCAUGGCAGGGCGACGACUGCUGCGGAUGGAAGGGCGUCCAUUGCAGCAAGAGAACCGGCCAUGUCAUCAAGCUCGACCUCCGAUCUCUUCAUGUCCCAGGUACAGCACCUUCGCUGGGAGGCAAUAUAAGCUCUUCCUUGCUUGGUUUGCAACGCCUGCAGUAUCUCGACCUGAGCAACAGCUGGUUUGGCGGACACAUACCAGAAUUUCUGCCUUAUCUCCACAACUUGAGGUAUCUAAGCCUUUCGGAAUCGGGAUUUACUGGAAUGAUACCUCCACACCUGGGUAAUCUCUCCAACUUGCGUUACUUGAGUCUUGGUUAUGAUCAAACAUACUCCACGGAUAUUACUUGGUUGCAACAGUUAUCCUCCCUUGAGCACCUAGAAAUGAGCCAGGUGAACCUCAGUGGCAUUCAAAACUGAUUGCCGGUGAUCAAUAUGCUUCCAUCCCUUAAAGUUCUUCUUCUUGUUGGGUGCGGACUUAACAACAGUCCUGAUUUUCUUCUGCAUUCAAAUCUGACAUCUAUUGAAACUAUCGACAUUUCCUGGAACCAUCUCCAAAAAUCUAUAGCACCUAACUGGUUUUGGGAUUUGACGAACCUCAAGCAACUUGAUAUCUCUUAUAACAAAUUCAGCGGCCCAUUUCCAAACGAGAUUGGGAAUAUGACCUCCAUGAAACAACUUCAUUUAUCAAACAAUAACCUUGUGGGUAUGAUACCAUCAAACCUGAAGAAUCUUUGUAACCUGGAAGAACUACAUCUAUCUAGCAAUAACAUCAAUGGAAGCAUAACAGAAAUCUUUCAACGCUUCCCUACUUGUUCACUUAAUAAACUUGCAGCCUUAGCUCUAUCUGACACCGAUUUGGCAGGAAGCCUACCAACCAACCUACAAGAAUCCUUCAGCAAUCUGACCUUUCUCGAUCUUAGUGAAAACAAACUCACGGGUCCUGUGCCGCUAUGGAUAGGAGAGCUCACAAAGCUAACUUCAUUGGACCUAACCAACAACAACCUUGAUGGUGUUUUGCACGAAGGACAUUUGUCAGGCUUACCAAGCUUGGAGAAUUUGUUGUUGUCAGGUAAUUCCAUAGCCAUCAUAGUCAAUUCGACCUGGUUUCCACCUUUUAGUCUAACAGUGAUUAAACUCCGGUCGUGUAUUCUUGGGCCUAGAUUUCCAUUGUGGCUUCGAUGGCAAAAACCUUUAGAGCUCGAUAUCUCAAACACAGGCAUAUCCGACAUGGUUCCAGAUUGGUUUUGGAUAAUGGUUUCUUUGCUGGAUGAGAUAAAUAUGCCACAGAAUCAACUUAGUGGUUUUCUACCAUCUACGAUGGAACAUAUGAGAGCAUAUAGAAUAGAUCUCAGUUCUAACCAGUUCAGUGGUCCAAUGCCUAAGCUUCCUGUUAAUCUAACCUACUUGGAUCUUAGUAGAAACAAAUUAUCGGGGCUACCAAUAGAAUUUGGAGCGCCACAACUUCAAGUACUUAUUCUGUUUGGCAACUCAAUCUCUGGCUCCAUUCCAUCAUAUUUUUGCGAGUUGGGAUCAAUAUCAGUGUUAGACCUAUCAGAAAAUAAGCUAACCGGGCCACUUCCUAAUUGCCUACACGAUGAGUCCACAACAAAAAAGACAACCUUGAGUAUUCGUAAUCUAUACUUAAGAAACAACAACCUCUCCGGUGAUUUUCCCUUGCUCCUCCAAAACUGUCAAGAGCUCAUAUUUCUUGAUCUCGCAUACAAUCAAUUCUCUGGGACUUUGCCAUCAUGGAUUGGGGAGAAGCUGCCAUCUUUGGCAUUCUUAAGGCUGAGAUCUAAUAUGUUUCAUGGUCACAUUCCUGUGGGGCUUACGAAGCUAGCUGAUCUUCAAUAUUUGGACCUUUCCAACAACAAUAUAUCAGGAGGCAUACCAAAAUCUAUUGUUAACUUCACAGGAAUGAUUCAAAGGAGAGAUAAAUAUGGUAAAUAUGAUGGCACAGUUAUUUUGCAU